UACCAACGCCUUUCUCUAAGCGACAGAAUCUUUCAUGUCAACAUCCAUCUCCCUAUUUGCAACAAACAUCAGCACACAACGUCAGCCAAGUUACCCCACGUUUUCAGCUCGCCGCCACAACCUAUGAUGCCCGUCCCCCAUAUCCCGCGCGUAGCGCGCUCUGAUUAG